GCCGGGGCGGGGAGCCCAGGCUGCAGGGACGCUCCCCCGCCCCCGGAACGGAAUCCUCCGGGGAGCGGAGCUGGCUGGCGCGCGUGCAUCCCGCACCAUCCCCGGCCCGCGUCAGACCGAGCCGCCGCCGCCGCCACAGCAGCAGCAGCAGCAGCCCUCGGGGUGGCCGGGCCCAGCCGGGGCCGCGGGAGGCGGGGGCGCCCGGGCCCUGGAUGUCCCGCAGCGCAGCGGCCAGCGGCGGACCCAGGAGGCCUGAGCAGCAGCUGCCCCCAGCCCCGGGUGGGGCCCUGGGGCCCCCCGAAACCUCCAGGACGGAGCCAGACGGGGCGGGCACCAUGAACAAGUUACGGCAGAGCCUGCGGCGCAGGAAGCCCGCCUACGUGCCCGAGGCGUCGCGCCCGCACCAGUGGCAGGCAGAUGAGGAUGCGGUGCGCAAGGGCACCUGCAGCUUCCCAGUGCGGUACCUGGGCCACGUGGAGGUGGAGGAGUCGCGUGGGAUGCACGUGUGUGAGGAAGCAGUGAAGAGGCUGAAGGCGAUGGGCCGGAAGUCUGUAAAGUCUGUCCUGUGGGUGUCGGCGGACGGGCUCCGUGUGGUGGAUGACAAGACCAAGGACCUGCUGGUGGACCAGACCAUUGAGAAGGUGUCUUUCUGCGCACCUGACCGCAACCUGGACAAGGCCUUCUCCUACAUCUGCCGCGACGGCACCACCCGCCGUUGGAUAUGCCACUGCUUCCUGGCCCUCAAGGACUCUGGCGAGAGGCUGAGCCACGCGGUGGGCUGCGCGUUUGCAGCAUGCCUGGAGCGGAAACAGCGCCGGGAGAAGGAGUGCGGGGUCACCGCGGCCUUCGACGCCAGCCGCACCAGCUUCGCCCGCGAAGGUUCCUUCCGCUUGGCUGGGGGAGGCCGCGCGGCCGAGCGAGAGGCUCCCGACAAGAAGAAAGCUGAGGCAGCAGCUGCCCCCGCUGCAGCUCCCGGCCCUGCCCAGCCCGGACACGUGUCCCCAACACCGGCUACCACGUCCCCGGGUGAGAAGGGCGAGGCUGGCACUCCGGUGGCUGCGGGCACCACAGCAGCUGCCAUCCCCCGGCGCCAUGCGCCCCUGGAGCAGCUGGUUCGCCAAGGUUCCUUCCGUGGCUUCCCAGCGUUGAGCCAGAAGAACUCACCUUUCAAACGGCAGCUGAGCUUGCGGCUGAACGAGCUGCCGUCCACCUUGCAACGCCGCACUGACUUCCAGGUGAAGGGCACAGUGCCCGAGAUGGAGCCUCCAGGGGCCAGCGACAGCGAUGGCAUCAAUGCCUUGUGCACUCAGAUCAGCUCGUCCUUUGCCAGUGCAGGAGCUCCAGCCCCUGCGGCGCAACCCCCGCCGCCUGCACCUGCAGCAGCCACUUCUGCCUGGGGUGAGCCAUCCGUGGCCCCCGCAGCCACCUUCCAGCCUGGACACAAGCGGACGCCAUCAGAGGCUGAGCGGUGGCUGGAGGAGGUGUCUCAGGUGGCCAAGGCCCAGCAGCAGCAGCAGCAGCAGCAACAGCAGGCAGCUACCGCUGUGCCAGCUGUGCCCACCAUGCCCACCAUGCCUGCCAUGCCUCCGGCCCUACAGCCCUUCCCUGCUCCCAUGGGGCCCUUCGACACGGCGCCUGCACAGGUGGCCAUGUUCCUGCCGCCCCCGCACAUGCAGCCUCCCUUUACCCCCGCCUACCCUGGCCUGGGCUACCCACCCAUGCCCCGGAUGCCCGUGGUGGGCAUCACACCCUCGCAGAUGGUGGCCAAUGCCUUCUGCUCCGCAGCCCAGCUCCAGCCCCAGCCCGCCACGUUGCUUGGGAAAGCUGGCGCCUUCCCACCCUCUGCCCCACCCAGUGUCCCUGGCACCCAGGCCCGCCCACGUCCCAGUGGGGCGCCCUGGCCCCCAGAGCCUGCGCCCGCCCCAGCGCCCGCGUUGGACCCCUUUGAGGCUCAGUGGGCAGCUUUAGAAGGCAAGGCCACUGCCGAGAAACCUUCCAACCCCUUCUCCGGCGAUCUGCAGAAAACCUUUGAGAUCGAACUGUAGCCUGGGCCGCCCUGAGCUGCCCACACCUGGAUGCCCUGCACCCCUCACCAUCUCCGCAAACCCGUCUCUCUGUUGCCCUCCCCCCAACACCCCACAACCACCACGAAACUGACGCCCAGCCUGCAGCAGGACGGGGAUCUGGGGCCCAGGACCGCGCUGCGCGCACGCACUGCCAACCGCUCCCCACUAGACGCAGGUGGUGCCCCCCAACCCGGCCCAUCCGCAGCGCCCCCCAAACUCCCGUCCCCAUUUCUGUUGUUGAGCUUUCGCCCUCCAGGGUUGGGCAGGUUGCAGGAGAUGCCCGCCCCGGGUCUGGUCGUCUCCCCGCCCCCACACAGCACAAGCUAAGGGCGUCCUUCUGCCCACCGCUGCGUUCACUGCCAAUGCUGUGCCCACCCUGGCGGUCUUCCCCUGGCCCACGGGCGCUAGUGGGGGUGGCGAGGCUGGAGGGUCAUGACUGAGGCCCAGAGGCGGGGAGGGGGUAGGGGAAGUUGCUCAGUUACCUCACGUGAGUGCCCGCUGGGGAGGGGGCCAGGAGGAAGUGGGAGGGGUGCCUGGCGGGUACUUUUCUAUCUUUUAUUUCCAGAUUUGUUUUGUAUCUAAACUUGCAGAUUUGUAUUCUAUAAGGACAGUCAAUAAAGGAAGACUAUAACGG